AAGACCUUGCUAAGAUGAAGUACACAUGGAGAGUAGCAAUGGAGACAUUGAGGAUGUUUCCUCCGGUCUUUGGUGGCUUCAGGAGGGCCUUGGAAGAUAUAGAAUAUGAUGGAUACAUUAUCCCUAAAGGAUGGCAAAUUUUCUGGGUAACAAAUAUGACUCACAUGGACGGCAAAAUAUUCCCAGAGCCAUCAAAGUUUGAUCCUGCUAGGUUUGAGAACCAAGCAUCAGUUCCGCCCUACAGCUUCGUUGCAUUCGGAGGGGGACCUCGAUUAUGUCCAGGAAAUGAGUUUGCAAGGAUCGAAACCCUCGUCGCUGUCCAUUACCUCGUCACGCGAUUUACUUGGAAGUUAUGUUCAGACAAUUUGUUCAGCAGGGAUCCAAUGCCGGUACCAACUAAGGGGCUACCAAUCAAAAUUUCAGCAAGGAGGACAAUGUGAUGGUAUAAGAAGCAAAGGAUAAGGCAAAUGUU